GGAGUAAUCAUAAAAAAGGAGAGUAAUUGAAAAGUGUUGCAAUUUGUAUUGAGGGUUUGCAGAAAUAUGAAGGACUGAAGAAAGUCUUUGGGUUGUGGUUAAAAAUGAAAGGUGGAUGACGGCAGUGCGGGUGCGUUUGAGAAAGACCCAUUGGAUUCUAUAUUAUCAUUCCUCUGCAAAGAAAAAUUUUCCCAGCAAACGUGCUACACAUUCCUCUACAAAUUUAAUUUUACUGCAAAUUUGUCCUGAUAAUCUUCAUAGCACAGAAGGAACCCAACCCCCUUUUACCAACACCGACGAACGGCCACAUAAAACAUCCCGUGCCCAGAUAGCCAAGCCCGAUGGCGGCCAACGAUAGGAAGAAAAUGAGAACGAAUGAGAAAUAAAACAGAGAAAGAGAAAAGAAGAGAGAGUACAAUUGCACAAAGCUAGAUCCAUAUUUGGGUUCUCAAAUUUCUUCCUUUUUCCCCGUAUCGGCCCUCUCUCAAAAAAACCCACAAAAUGAAUGAAAAUACUUUUAGAUCUGGGUUCCUUGCUGAACCUAGCGUGAUUUUGCAGCCAGAUCUAGCGCAAGAGGAGAAUAGAGAAAGCCUGGUUCUGGUUCUGGUUCUGGUCUUAGUAGAGAAGAAGAGGAGAGUAGGAGUUCUAGUUUACGGAAAGGAGAGGAAAAAAUAAGUUCAAACCUAAAAUAUGGGGGAUUCUGUUUGGAAAAGAAAACAAAACAAAAUUGCAGGGAUUCU